GACAGUAGCAAAUUAGGUUAAAAAAGUGAGGUUAUCAUUCAUACUGAAUCGGUUGUAUCCUGUAUUAAUUUUUCUAUGUUAUGUCUGAUUGAUUGAAUGGGAUCCUUUCUGAGAUGAGUUCAUCUAAUAUCGUCCAAUACAUUGUGGUACGUAGUGAUCUCGUAAAAGAACUGAAAUGGCCUGUAGGUGCGGUUAUAGCCCAAGCAUGUCAUGCUGUGGCAGCUGUAACUCACCUUUUUUAUCAAGACGAGCACACUCAACAGUAUCUAGCUGAUCUAGAUAAUAUGCACAAAGUUGUGUUGCAAGCACCAGAUGAUGGUAGUCUCCUAGCUCUCAGAGACAAACUUGAAGAGCACAAUAUUAAAAAUAAAUUGUGGAUAGAACAGCCAGAAAAUAUACCUACUUGUUUGGUGGCAAAGCCCUAUCCUAAAGAUCAGGUUCAGAAGUAUUUCCAAAAGUUCAAGUUGUUCAAAUCAGAUUGAAUUAGGUACCUAGCUUGAUGAACAAUAUUAUUUAUAUAUUUAGGUGCUUGUAAAACACUUAUUCAUCCAAUAUUGAAUGUUUCAUCAUCAA